UUUUAUAUGAUAAUUCACAUCAUCAUGAUUGUGGUCAAAUUUAUUAACUAAAGAAUUUAAAAUGUUGCUAUUCGAUUUGAUCAUUCUAUAUCUAUUGGCAACAAUAUUUUUCCUUCUAGUCUUGGCAUUCUAUUCAUCAAUUCAAAAAUAUUUCGAAAUUUUAUACAAUGAAAAUUGUUUCGGUUUAGCGGCUAUAUUUGAUUUUGCCCAUAAUGUUUAUCAAAAUUUCAAUGAUCAUUUAAACCAUUGGAUCAAGAAUCUGAGCUACAAAUGUUUUAAAAAUGUUCGCUUCAAUUCAUUUCGAUAUUGGUCAUAUUGUCAUUAUUAUUACGAUUUGGAUGGAAAAAAUGUGAAAAACUAUUCCGAUGAUGAUCAUCAGAAUAUAAAAUUGGAGAUCAAUAAAUUGACCGAAGCUAUAUGUGUACAUUAUAUUGAUUUCUGGUAUGAUUGUAUUCAAUCUUCAUUACCUAGUGAUGGUGAAAAUUUUCGAAAAUUAUUCAAAAAAUAUCUAAAUGAAACAAUCUAUAAUUUUUAUCGGCUAACACAGCAAAAAUUUUGUAAUGAUUCAAGUUUUGCCAUUCAAAUCGUUGAUAAACUCAACGAUUGUUUAAAGGAAAGACGUCAUUAUAGACAUCAUAAAGAUUUUGAUGAUAUUGAACAACGGAUCUAUUCACAGGUUUUAGAUGAUAUUUUCAUUCAUAUUUUACCGAAAGAUGUAAAUUCUUUGAUAACCAAAUGUGAUGAUGGACAUAAUUCUGUUCGCCUUUUUGUUUAUAAUAUUUUUAUUUAUACUUUAUUAUUACCUUCUAUACAAAAAAUUACCGAUCCACUUUUUAUACUCUACAAUUAUCUUUAUCUAUGUUCAACAUGUUUUGGCACCAUGUCUUUAGAAGAUUUUUUAUUUCAUCUUGAAAAUAAUUCCCGUCCAUCUAAUGUGGACACAUUGGAAAAUUCAGCACAAAAUUUUCGACCAGACGAAUCAGUUGAUCAGCUAAAUAACGAGCAAUCAUCUAGUACGAAUGAUUGGAGCAAAGGAUUUUUCAAUGAAAUCCGUAUCAGUCAGGCAAAGAUUUCAACAACCAAUCCUUUUAUGAAUAAUAACAUGAAUCAUUCGGACAAAUCCAAAGUAAAUCCUUACAUUGAUUAUAUUAUUGUAUACAAUGUGUUGGUUAUUGAUGAUAAACAUCCAAAUUGUCAACCACAUUGGCAAUCAUAUCAAGUUUCACGUCGAUUUAGUGAAUUUUUAUCUUUUCAAUAUCGGCUUGAAAAACAUCCUGAUUAUCGUAGAUAUAUGGUACGAUUGAAAAGAAAACCAUCUAGUAUUUAUUUCCAUCCAAAUUCAUUGUUCAGUCAUCUAAUACCGAUAACAUCUCGUAAUAAUUUGAAUGCAAACUCUACAUUUGUUCAACAACGACGUGAACAUUUAUCGGAUUUUCUAAAUGAAUUAUCGCAUAUAAAAGUGAUCAAUGAAUCGAAAGAAUUUUGCGAAUUUCUUGGCUACAAAUUCAAAACCUUAAUCGAAACAAAACAACUUCUUGCAAAAGAUUUAUUGAACAAAGAAGAAUCUAAUGGAAAAAAGAAAGUAUCGAAAUUCUCAUUACUCAAUCUGAAUCGAAUGAAAGGAUAUUUUGAAAUAUUUUUACCGGUAAAAGCUAAAUUCGGUCAAAUAGCCACACAAAUUGAAAAUCUAUAUGUUAAUCAUCAAACUUUGAAUAAAUUUUCCAUCACUCCAAUCGAAUUUGAUGAUCCAAUGACGAAUGAAAUGAUUUUGAAGAAUAAUCUUGAAAUAUGGUGCCAAUCACAACAACGAUUGGAUCAAGAUGAUGACCAACAUUUGAAUAAAAAAUAUUGUAAUCAGAUUCGUGAAGAAAUCAAACCCGAAGAUUAUUUGUCACUUUAUCAACGGAUAACGAGCACUAUAACAUUGUUAAUAUUCAGAAACGAUAGAUUCAUUUCAAUGCAAUUUUUAGUACACAAGAUUAGCUGUUUUCUUAUGGUUUGGUAUGCUAAACUACAGAAUAAUUUCCGAUACAAUGAAUUUUUCCGUUCUUAUAUUCAUUCAUUACAUCAAUAUAUUAGCGGUGAUUGUGUUCAGCCACCAAAUCUAAUGACAUAUGAACGUUUUGUUGAAUUUUUCAACGAUUCAACAAAUGCAAAAGUAAUAUUGCAAAAAUAUAUUGAUUUAAACAAACAACAAUAUGUGGCCAAUUAUCAACGAAAAAUUGAAAAUGGUAGUGUUUAUGGCAAAUUGAUCAAUUUUGUCUUGAAUACAACAUUCAUUGUAAUCGAUUAUCAUGCUAAUAACUUGAUAUCAACAUUCAACAAUCAAAAAUAUAAUCGUUACAUUGUCAUGAAUUUGGCUAAAGUUUUUCGUGAUAAAAUUGUUGUUUGAAUUUGUUAAAAAAAAAAUAUACUAUUUCGAUCCAAACUGAGCCAACAUUUGUAUACAUGUGUUAGAUUCGAUCAAUCAAUUGAAUUUGAUUCUUUAUUUAUGUUUUCUGUAUAUUUUUAUCGAUCGAAUAAAAUUAUAAUUCAAGUGAUGAAUUUUUAAUUAUGGAA